AUGGAUGCGCAACAACCCGAUUUUCUGGAGAUGGCACGAUGUAUCGGCUCUCUUGGAGAGCAGGUUCAAAACUGUCAGAAUCUACCAGCUAUUCGGCAAGGCAAUGACAUUGUCGAGGCACUCAACCGUGUUAAUACAAAGCUCGAUGAAAUCAAAGCGACGCAACGAGAGCACUCGCAAUCAUUGCAAAGACAGGAAGGGGCCCUAUCGGCACUGGCCACCCGCGUUUACGCGAAUGAAGCAAAUUCCCUUGCCGCUCUUGCCAAUUCAAGGGCAACAGAGGAUCACAGUACACUAGUCCCCCUCAAAUCCGUCAUCAACAAUGAGGCUAUCCCCGGUUUUCCCAGGACGAUCGCAGAGAUCAAGAACUUGGAUGGUUAG